AUGGCUCCCAAAAAGAAGACAACCAAGGGGGGCAAGGAGCUCGAGAUCAAGAAGAAGAAAGGGGGGAAGAAGGACCCCAACACAGCCAACAUGGAAACAAUUUUCGACGCGGAGACACGGGAGUUCUACCAUAUCCAGAUCCGAGACCUGGAGGAUAGGCUGGCCCGGUACCAGAGGAAGUGGGAUGAGCUGUCCGUGCAGGAGAAGCUGUUCCGCCAGGAGUUUGAGCAGCUGGCCAACAAUAAAAAGGAGAUUGUAGCCUUCCUCAAGCGCACACUCAACCAGCGGGUAGAUGAGAUCACCGACCUCAAUGAGCAGCUCCAAAGCCUGCAGCUGGCCAAGGAGAUGGAGAAGGAUGCCUUCGAGGCACAGCUUGCCCAGGUGCGCCACGAGUUCCAGGAGACCAAGGACCAGCUCACCACGGAGAACAUCAUCCUUGUGGGGAAGUUGGCAGCCUUGGAGGAGUUCCGGCUGCAGAAAGAGGAGCUCACGGACAAGUUCAUGACACUGGAGGACCAGCUGCAGAAGCAGGAAAACAACUACAAGGACUACGUGUACAACCUGGAGAAGAAGUCCGUGCUGGACAAGGACAGACUGAAGAAGGAGAUCAUCCAACGUGUGAACCUGGUGGCCAGUGAGUUCCGCAAGGUGGCCAGUAACCAGAUGUGGGAGACCACAAAGCGGGCCAUCCAGGAGAACAGCACCGUGUCCAUGCAGCUGGCCAAGCUGUCCCGGCAAGGCGUGCAGCUGCUGCAGGAGAACGAGCAGCUCCAGAGCACCCACGGCAACCUGUGCAAACAGGUGGAGCUGCUGGAGGACACCCAGAAGGUCAUGGCCAGGCACAGCAGAGGUCACCAGAAGAUCAUCCUCAUGCUGACCGAGAAGUGCCGUCAGCAGCAGCAGGGCACAGUGGAGGUGGAGAAGCUGUGCCGACUGCUGGGCCACCUGGAGCAGAAGGUCCAGCAACUGCAGAAGGACAACCAGACACUGAGAAGCCAGAAAGAGCAGCUGAAUCUGCAGAUGGAGCAGCAGCAGGCCAAGACACAGCAGCUGCAGCAGGAGCUAACCAAAGAGCAGAAGGUUCGGGCCAGCCUGGAGACGACCCUGACCCGGGCCACCUCCUUCCUACAGGACAUUCUGCACUCAGGGAGCACUUUGAGAAAAUGGGCACUGGGGUUGCAGUUUCCUGGGUGGGUGUCGGGACCACUAUGGGCCUGA